UAUAAACCGCUCCCUCUUGCUUGUUCUUCUCAUUCAUUGCCACUUACGAUUUAAUGCAAAGGCGCGUGUGCCAUUCUCUCAAAGCAAGUUCUGGUUCUUUUAAAGGGGAAAAACUUCCUUCUCUCUAGAGUUCUUGAUUAGAUAAGAUUGAAAGAAAUUGUUGGAAGAAGAUACUAGUAAUGGAGGAUAUCGCGCGUUUAUUGAUUGGAAUCUUUGGAAAUGCAAGUGCUCUCUUUCUGUUCUUGGCACCCACAAUUACGUUUAAGAGGAUCAUAAGAAGCAAAUCAACGGAGCAAUUCUCUGGAAUCCCAUACGUGAUGACCUUGCUCAACUGUCUCCUUUCUGCGUGGUACGGUCUUCCAUUUGUGUCAAAAGGCAACAUCUUGGUUGCCAUAAUCAAUGGCACAGGAGCAGCCAUUGAAAUCAUAUAUGUGCUUCUCUUCAUCUUCUAUGCACCAAAGAAGGAGAAAGCCAAAAUCCUUGGACUUUUCACAGCAGUACUCGCUGUGUUCUCGGCCGUGGCGUUGAUCUCAUUGUUUGUCUUGCAUGGCAAGACCAGGAAGCUCUCCUGUGGAUUUGCUGCCACGGUUUUCUCAAUCAUCAUGUACGGCUCACCUCUGUCAAUCAUAAGGAUGGUGAUUAAGACCAAGAGUGUGGAGUACAUGCCUUUCUUUUUGUCACUGUUUGUGUUCUUGUGUGGCACUUCAUGGUUUGUGUUUGGACUACUUGGUGGCGACCCAUUUGUUGCUGUGCCGAAUGGAUUCGGGUCGGGUCUCGGUGCGAUCCAGUUGAUUCUAUAUGCGAUUUACCGGAACAACAAAAAGGCCACCAUUGAUGAGUCUCUGGAAGAGAUGAAACUUCCAAAGGAGAAGCAGUGCUCACGAAAUGGUGGUGAUGAGCAAGUGUAACCAGUGUUGGUGUAAUGGUGUGUGUUACGUGUCUGCGUUUCGAGCAGCUUGUGUGAGUCAUAAAAGAAGAAUCUUUGCAAAAGUUUCUGGUUUUCAGGGCCCAAAGAGGCUUACGUUUGCACUUAAUUUCUCUGUGUACGUGGUGUAAUUUUGUUUUCAAGUUAAUGACAAUGGCGGACGCUUCUCCACUUUAAUA